GUGACUGUCAGAUUUUCUGAAGAAUCGUCUAACCAGCUUUCAAUCUACCCUGCAUAUGAGGUGUCAGGCUGCUUGUUAGUAUAUGCGUGUCCAUUCUUCAUGUGUAGUUCCAAAUUCUACAGAUUUCAGGAAACAGAAUAACGUUACAGCCCGCAGACUUGACAUCAACAAAUAUUGCAUAAUCAAACAUUGUGUCUUAUACUCAAGUUGCAUUCUUAUGAGCUUCCUCUCCAUAACAGAUGCUUAUAGUUUUCUAAGAACAAUCAAGAAAAGAUUGUCUCUAUCCUGCCUUGGACUUUCCUUGAAGAUAUACCUCAAUAUAAGCUAAAGAAAUCCUCACAAUGUUCCAGUUGCAAGGCGCUCAGAUGCUACAGACCCUGCAGAAAUCCUUGAGGAAGAGCCUUCCUGAAUCUGUAAAGGUUUAUGGAACUGUCUUCCACAUGAUCCAGGGAAAUCCAUUCAACCUAAAGGCCCUAGUGGACACCUGGCCUGAUUUUAAGACAGUGGUUAUCCGCCCUCAGGAGCAGGAAAUGAUGGAUGACCUUGAUCACUACACCAAUACCUAUCAAAUAUUCUCCAAGGACCUCAAGAAUUGCCAGGAAUUCCUUGGUUCACCAGAAGUCAUCAAUUGGAAACAACAUUUGCAGAUCCAAAGUGCACAGCCCACUCUGAAUGAGGUGAUACAAAACCUUGCAGCUGCUAAUUCCUUCAAGGCCGAACAUAUGCAGAAUCUUCUCUUUAUGAAGGCAGAUACGAUUAAGGAACUGGCUCCUUCCUUGCUGGAUGUCAAGAAAUUAUCCCCUGGUGAUGGCAAACCUAAUGCCAUCAAUGAAGAGAAAUUCAAAGUCUCAUCUUUGGAUGUUACCCAUGCGGCCUUGGUGAAUAAAUUCUGGCUUUUUGGAGGCAAUGAAAGGAGUGAGAGGUUCAUCGAGCACUGUAUCCGAAAAUUCCCCACAUUCUGUCUUCUGGGACCUGAGGGGACCCCUGUGUCCUGGGACUUGAUGGACCAAACAGGCGAGCUGCGGAUGGCAGGCACUUUGCCUGAAUACCGGUCUCUGGGUCUGAUUUCAUAUAUCAUCCAUCACCAAGCCCAGACUCUGCACAAACUCGGUUUCCCUAUCUAUUGUCAUACAGAUAAGAAAAACAAAAUCAUGCAGAAAAUGUGUAAUAGAAUGCAUUAUGUCUUAAUGCCCUGCAGCUGGAACCAGUGGCACUGUGUGCCACUGUGAAGCAGUACUGAAUAGCCACCACUAUUUUCGUUGAAUAACUCAGGGUCUGUGAAUGGAAGAGUAAAUGGGUGGAUGAAGAAAAAGAAUAAAUUUUAGUCAUCAGUCAAGGAGUUGGUGCUAUCUCACUCUGGGGAAAGAG